AUGAGACUCUUUGGGUACUUAAUAUUGUUUACAAAAUUCCUUCCCUCGUUGUCGAGGAGGCAAGAAAUAAGAUGGGAUGCGCCAGCCAUAGAAAAAGAGCACGACCCUCAUCGUUACACUUCUCCCCAUUCACUUUUUAUUCAUGAUACAGAAGAUAAAGUGCCAAAGUCCUUUGAAUCUCCAGAUUUUCGUAUCGAGGAACCAUUUUUUUUGCCGCAUGCAGGAAACUUUAAGGAACAGAAUCGUCCUUAUAGAAUGUCACCCCACCAUAAAGCUGUAGGUUCGAAAUGGCAUGGAGAGGGUAUGGAGCAUGCUGGCUGUUAUUGCAACACAGUAUACAAAAGGUUAACACUACUAGGGGGAUGUGCGGUCAUAACUACUCGACAUGUGCUCACGACAGCAACUUCCACACAUCUAAUUAUGAAAGGCCGCUACCAUUAUCCCCAUUUGGAAGACAUCUUGGGUGUCUGGUACGACACAAAUCACGACGAAUUUAACAGUUCAAUGUAUUUGACACCCGCUCAAAUUUUCUAUCACCCCUUGUGGCACUAUCCAGAAGACGUAAAUAUAUCACACCCGUUCUCUUUUACAUUUGAUCUAGCUGUGUGGACAAGCACACAUAAUGUUUAUGGAUGGUACUUCAACGAAGCUAGCACUCACACCUGUGCGAGAGCAACUUCUCACCCGCAUGACCAACAGGCCGCAACAUACCCCACAAAUGAACUCUUUACCAUCGUUGGCUUCCAAUUCAUGUAUGCUUACAAACGGAAACCGAUGCCCUGGUUUAAAUACGGGAUUCGGACCGGAAAUAGAUAUAAUCCCUGUCCGAAGACGGAAUGGGGUUGGUUUCUAUGCAUAUAUGCACCUUACUUGAGGUAUGGUAUUGAGAGUGGAGCGGUUUUACAUAGGGCAUUCCAAGGUCGCUCGUGGAGAUACGAUGGUCUCAUAGGUCUUGGAGCGUUCUCGUCCAGUCUUAGGACAAUGGAUUUGGUACACUACUUUACUAUUCUUGAUAAUCACAGGAUAUUAGACUUUCUGUUCGAUUGUUAUAGACUAAACAGAAAACCGGUUUGGGCUGACAAAAGAUUUGAACAUCCUUUGGGAAGAGCUCCCUAUUCAACGGGAAUAUAUAAUAUUCCGAAUCACUUAAAACUAGGAGUACAGUUACACUUCGAGCCGCCUUAUGAUUGAGAAGUUUUUUUUUUAAUCAUCAUCAAUUAUUACUUAAGAUGUGUAAAAAAAAGCCAGCAUUAUAAAAUAAAUAA